CUGGAUCACCAAGCAAACAAGAAUAUCUUCCUUCGUUCUACCAGCAGCAACAAGUAAUCCUUGAUGCCAGACUGCCUGAUCAAAGCAUUCGGCAGUAGAGGAUCCAUGGCUAUGGAGAGGUUCUUCACGGCGCUCGUCUUCUGCGAGGCCCCGCUGGACGGCUACGGCACAUCGGUGCUUACCGCCGGCACGGUCAAAAGGCUGGUCUCAGGUGGCGGCCACGCGACGAAGCCAGCAGUGGCUAACAAGCCGGACUCUGAGAAGGCGCAGGGUUACUUCACUGGCAAGCCGACGGCGCAGCGGCGCCCCGGGUUCGAGCUCGCGUUCGACGGGCUCAAUUGCUUUGACACCAUCGUCAUGCACUAAGCAAGUCAGUGUCAUGCCGGCUUUCUUGAUUUUGAUCAGUAAUUCUGUAUAGAAUUGGAUCGGUUAGAUGCUUGACACGUACUUGGGGCUGUGAUUUUUUUUGUUCAUUCGAUUGUACUGUUCGACUGGUGCAUAAGCUUCAAUACAAACGAAAAGAGUUUAAAGGGGA